AUGGCUUCAGCCAGCGGCCACGGCAGUGGCUGCUCCUAUGUCAUCGACCACAGCCACGUCCCCGAGUUUGAGAUGGCCACCUGGACCAAAAUCACCCUCACUCUGGUUUACUUGGUCAUCUUCGUGGUGGGCAUCCUGGGGAAUAGCAUCACCAUCUGGGUCACCCAGGUGCUGCAGAAGAAGGGCUACUUGCAGAAGGAGGUGACGGAUCACAUGGUGAGCUUGGCUUGCUCGGACAUCUUGGUCUUCCUCAUUGGUAUGCCCACGGAGUUCUACAGCAUCAUCUGGAACCCCCUGACCACGCCGAGCUACACCCUGCCCUGUAAGCUUCACUCCUUCCUCUUCGAGGCGUGCAGCUAUGCCACGCUGCUGCACGUGCUGACGCUCAGCUUUGAGCGCUAUGUCGCCAUCUGUCACCCCUUCAGGUACAAGGCCGUGUCGGGACCCUGCCAGGUGAAGCUGCUGAUUGGUUUCGUCUGGAUCACUUCCGCCGUGGUGGCAUUGCCCGCGCUUUUUGUCAUGGGUACCGAGUACCCCCUGGUGGACGUGCCUAGUUACCGGGGUCUCGCUUGCAACCGCUCCCGCACACGCCACCACGAGCAACCCGCGACCUCCAACAUGUCCAUCUGCACCAACCUCUCCAGCCGCUGGGCCGUGUAUCAGUCCAGCAUCUUCGGCGCCUUCGUCGUCUACUUCGUGGUCCUGCUCUCCGUGGCCUUCAUGUGCUGGAAGAUGAUGCAGGUGCUCCUGAGGAGCAAGCAGGGCACGCUGGUGGCGAGCGGCGGGCAGCCGCAGCUGAGGAAGGCGGAAAGCGCGGAGAGCAGGACGGCCCGGAGGCAGACCAUCAUCUUCCUGAGGCUGAUUGUUGUGACAUUGGCCGUAUGCUGGAUGCCCAACCAGAUCAGGAGGAUCAUGACUGCGGCCAGGCCCAAGCACGACUGGACGAGGUCCUACUUCCGAGCGUACAUGAUCCUCCUCCCCUUCUCGGACAUCUUCUUCUACCUGAGCUCGGUGGUCAACCCGCUGCUGUACAACGUGUCCUCGCAGCAGUUCCGCAGGGUGUUCGGGCAGGUGCUGCGCUGUCACCUGACGCUGCAGCACGCCAACCACGAGAAGCGCCUGCGCGCCCACGCCGCCUCCACCACGGACAGCGCCCGCUCCACCUGCCGCGCGCUCAUCGCCGCCUCCUCCAGGCGCGGGUCCUCUGCGAGGAGAACUAAGAAGGCUUUCUUAAGCACUUUCCAGAGCCAGGCCACGCCCGAGUCUAAGCGCCAGCAAUUGAGUCUCCGGUCACCAGAUCCCAACUCGGAGACAAAACCAGCUAAUUCUGCCGCAGCGAAUGGUCUUCAGGAGCAUGAAGUGUGA